UGUAAAUAUACACUUGGCAAACGGCUGUGUUGUUCAAAGCGUUUUAAAUAAAGAUAAACCGAUUCAGUUCAACAGUUGUGUGUGGAAUGUUGUUUUGCGAUUGCAUAAACUUACAUGUUUUUAACUUCUUAUUGCUUUAACCUUUUAUACGAAUAUUAUUUAAAUGGAGUGCGCUGUACGAUUAGCGUUAGCACGUUUGUGUUUAUGCUAUCAAUAAUUUUCAUUUAAUGUAAAAGAGCGUAUACGUGGAUCAUAGAUGGUUUAUUUGUGUUUGCGAAGUGUUGUAAUAACUAUUGCGAUAACAUGUGAAUUCGUAACAGCAUUUUUACCUCAAGUCAUAGAAGUAGGAGCACCUGCAAAUGUCACGUGUGGCCACGAAAAGUCACGUGAUGACCACGUUGUCGUGUGGAAACGGGGAGAUGCAAUAUGGAUGAACGAAACGAUGACUUUUCAAUUUCCAGAUUUCAGAUUUACAAGCAUUGCCUACCGACGUCCAAUGUGCAUCCGUUCCCAUAGCAACUGCGUUGGAACACCGGCACAACCUCACGGGGCUAUGGGAGAGAGCCGACACCUACAUGGUGCCCCUGAUUGGUAUAGACGUGCAGCUAAGUACGGAGUCGCAUUUUACAAACGUGACGGCAAGACUAGCCGUAUCCGGAGUGAAUGCUUCCGAAAUCGCUCUGGAUUGGUCAAGAGACAAUACCAGCGUUCGCGCAUGGGUGCGCUCAUGCGCAGAACGGGACACGUGGGUUGUGUCCUGCGAAACUUUCUCGUGGAACAUUCGCGACAGCGCUGAUCUCAUGUUAUCUGUGAUAAUCUCUCCCGCUUAUAACUUUACGAAAGCACUCUGGACGAAAGUUAUUUCAGUGUCUUCAGAGAAUACAACGGAACCCUCGACUCGUGAUUAUGAGUCCAACACACCGGAACCGGAAUUGGUUAAGAUCGGGAUCCUUAGCGCUCUUAUUGUCCUCAUCGCGGGUUUCGCCCUCGUGAUUGUCGUCUGGCAGUGCAAACGAUUCCUAUGGGACAUGGAUCCAAACCGGGACGAUACGGCGUUUGACGGUCUACAUGUGUCCGUUGAACACGGGAAGAUUUCUUUUAGUGCUCGAGAACAACAAACUUCUUUCGGUGUGCAUCCAUGAGGAACUGGGCUGUUUUACAAUGUGCAUCCAUGAGGAACUUGGCUGUUUUACAAUGUGCAUCUAUGAGGAACUGAGCUGUUUUACGAUGUGCACCCAUAAUGAACUGAGCUGUUUUAUGAUGUACAUUCAUGAGGAACUGAGCUGUUUAUCGAUGUGCAUUCAUGAGGAACUGAGCUGUUUUACCAUGGGUGGCGAAAUCAAAUGUCCGAGUUGCCCGAGUCGUACAUUUGCUUGUCCGGGCAACUGUUUUUUUUUCAUUAAGUUGUCCGUGGACAACCAGUCGGGUUGAUAAAUACAAAAAAAAAUAGAUUGUAUUAAAGCCGUUAUUAAAAUUUACAAAACCGGAUGUUGGCACCCGAUAACAUUGUCAGUGCUAUUUGCGGAGCAAUCAAGCUAAAAUAUGGGCACUCUCCUGCACAAUGGUCUCGCUUAUUCUACAAGCAUGAUAAGAGACCAGGAGGCUAGCAUGCCGCAUUUUCAACAUUCGGCCCGUCUGUUUAAUAGGCAGUGUACAGACUGGUUUGCUCGUUUAUUCCGUAAAUGUUGAACUUUCGUCUUAAAUUUUAAAAUGCAUUAUUAAUACCAAAAGGGAGGUAUAAAACCCGAAAAUUUCCGGAAAACCCAGAGUGUGUCACAUCACUCCUACCUAACUAAAUUUCUAGACUUACAAACGUCGAGACGUUGGGACGUGAUAAGCCGAAAGCCGAGUUGGAUUACGUACAGUUCCGUUGAUUGGGUGAAGUGUUCCGUUUAAA